UUCUUUUCAUUACAUGUUCAAAAUCUGUUGAACAAUAAAAGAUAACCGUGAGAAAAUAAUAUGAAAUGAUGAAGGAGAAGAAGGAAGAAUGGUGAUGAGAAAGGUAGAGAAAAAAGUUAUUAUAAAAAGACUACUGAAGAAUAAUGAAGGAAGUUUCUUAGGUGCAACCGGUUUUAUCAACGCUAAGAAGCUGAGUUAACCAUUAUCCGUUUCUUUUUCUCAAUGACUUUUGCCAUACUUAUGGCAUAUGAAUAACAUCAUUCGCCACCAUCUUCAUUUCUAAUCCUCUCUCCUGAUCCACACAGUUUUAGUUGAAUUCCAAUAGAUUUAUCAACUGGUUAUUCACCAAAUAUCUACAAUGACCAUUAUGGAUUUCAAAUUAAUUGUCAUAAUUUUGACUAUUGGCUUGGUUCAUGGAGACAUGAUGAGAAAAAGCAUCGUUUUUGAUAUCAAAACACCCAAGGUUUUCUAUUGUCCACUGGAGAAGCCAACAGAUGUUAACAAAAUGAUUGUUAAAUCUCGUUCAUUGGAUAGAUUAUGUGAAUAUGGAGGAAAAGGUGUACCAAAAAAUUCAAGAUCCGAUUGUUAUAAUGACAUCGACGAAACCGAAUAUGCCUGUGCCGAAAAACAAAGGAUUUUGUUACGUAUCAACCCACCAAAUGACACAGAAACUACAACUACAGCUAUUCCAUCUCCUGAUAUGCCUGAGUAUAUUAAGAUCAACAAGAAGGACACAGGAUCAGGAAAGCCUGGAAAAUCAAAGAAAUAUUAAUUCCUGUUGUAAUCAAGUAUUCUAAUGCCUUUUAUCGAGAUCUGACAUUUUAAUCGAAAUAUAUUUGCGAUGAAAUUUCCUUCUCGGGCCAAUAUUUACUUGGAAUACUCGAUGUUCUGCCGUUUGAAAAAUCGUAGUUAAAUCAUGAUCAUCAGCAGGGCAAAUCCAGGAUAAUUUGUUUCUCUUCUUAAAUUAUUUGUGAUAUAUGUGUAUAUGAGUUAAAUUGUUUAUUGUUUGGAUUAAUCAAUCUGGUUCUUUGGGAUAAGUUUUGAAAAAGUCAUUUUUUGGGUAAAAUAUUUCCCAAAUUUAAUUGUAGCUCUAACUUUUUCAAAGAUUUUGGAAGCGUAAUAAGCAAUUGAAGAUUGGAAAAUUUUUCACUCUCAAGGUUACUUUUUCUGUUCACCAACACUUUUUAUUCAGAAUAUCUAUUCUUAUGCUGUGGUGAAAAUUUAUUGAAAUUGUACUUUUAUUUUUCAACCACAAUUUUUCUAUCAACAAUAAAACUAUUUUAACUUUAA